AUGGACACGUGGGUUGAUCGGAGGAAGGGCGCCCUGACUUAUAGGGUCACGCAGAUAGUGUCCGGACAUGGGUGUUUCGGACACUAUCUGCAUAAAAUACAGAGGGAACCGCGGCCUCAGUGCCAUGAAUGCGGUGCGGCGGACGACACGGCCCAACACACUCUGGAAGAGUGCACUCUUUGGGCCGUGGAAAGAGCUACCCUCAGGGCAGAGACGGGAGCGGCGGACCUCUCGCUACGCGGCGUAGUAGAGACUAUGCUGGGUAGCGUGAGAAAAUGGAAGGCGGUGGCCUCCUUCUGCGAAGAAGUCAUGUCGCGGAAGGACGAAGCAGAGAGAGAGCUCUCGCUCUCUCUCUGCGGCAGCUGUUGA